AUGGUCUCUUCAUCUUCAAGGGAUCCUCCUUAUAUUCAAUUAAUUCAGGAGGUGGGUUUGGAUGAUAUGAGCUAUACUGGUAGGUCUUUUGCAUGGUCUUCUAAUGUGUGUGGCGGUGGAAUUCGAAGAUCUAGACUUGACAAGGCACUUACAAAUGCAGAAUGGGUUCUUCAUUUUCCGGAUGCAAAACUUAUUCACCUGCCUCAACUUGGAUCAGAUCAUCGUCCAAUCAUUUGGACUCUUCAUAUAAUGAUGGUUAAUGGCUCAGAUGCUUAUAAGUUAUCUAGAAGACUUAUCAUUGCAAGGAGAUAUAUAACCAGGUGGAAUAGAGAAAAUUUUGGAGAUAUACAAAGUAAUAUUUUCUUACUUCAUCAACAAAUUGCAGCUAUUCAAGAAGGCAUUCAAGAUAAUAAUUCAACAAGUCAUGUCCAAGAGUUGGAAACACAAAUUAAAUAUUGGCAUCAAGUCCAAAGUGAGUUUUGGGGGCAAAAUGCAAGAGCAGAUUAUUAUUUAGAGAUGGAUAGGAAUACAAAACACCAUCAUGUUAUGGCAAAUAAAAGAAGGUCAAGAAAUAAUAUCAUGGCAUUGAAGGAUGCAGAUGGGCAUUGA